CGGUCCGAGGAGCGGCAGUCACGUGCGCGCUCCCGCACUCGCCUCCAGCCGCACCAGCGCCGCCGCCGCCGAGCCAGCCGAUGGGUCCUUCGCUGCUACUGCUGCUGCUGCCGCUGCUGCUGGCCGUGGCUGCCGGGGUUGGAGCGGCACCGGCUGGGCACGAGAUCACCUAUUUGCCGGGGCUGGCCAAGCAGCCGGCUUUCAAGCACUACUCGGGCUACCUGGAUGUCGAGAAAGAGAAGCACCUCCACUACUGGUUUGUGGAGGCCCAGGGCAAUGCUGCGGACAAGCCCCUAGUGCUCUGGCUGAACGGGGGUCCCGGCUGCAGCUCCAUCGCAGGCCUGCUGACCGAGCACGGCCCAUUCAGGAUCCAGCCUGAUGGGGCCUCCCUGGAGUUCAAUGAGUAUGCCUGGAACAAGCUCGGCCACAUCCUUUACCUGGAGUCUCCCGUUGGGGUCGGCUACUCCUAUUCGGAGAGCAAGGACUACCGGACGAACGACACGGAGGUGGCUCGUGUGAACUACCUGGCCUUGAAGGAGUUCCUCCACCUCUACCCAGAGUUCAGCAGCAAGGACCUCUACCUCACUGGGGAGAGCUAUGGGGGGGUCUACAUCCCCACGCUGGCCCAGUGGGUCAUGCAGGACCCUGAUCUCAACCUGAAGGGCAUUGCGGUGGGCAACGGCCUGUCCUGCUACGAGACCAACGAUAACUCCCUGGUCUACUUUGCCUACUACCACGGCCUCCUCGGCAGCAGGCUCUGGAAGGACUUGCAGGCCUACUGCUGCUCUCAGGGCAAAUGCAACUUCCACAACAACACCAACCUGAACUGCACCCUGGCCAUGGCCGAGAUGAUCCGCAUCGUGGAUGAGUCGGGCCUCAACAUUUACAACCUAUACGCCCCGUGCGCCGGCGGAGUGCCUGGAAGUUUCAGGUACGACGGCGACGUCCUCGUCACGCACGACUUGGGCAACAACUUCAUGAGGCAGCCGCUGCGUUCCUUGUGGCAGCAGAAUCUCUUUAGGUGGCAAGCUGCCAAGAAAAAUGUGCGCCUGGACCCCCCCUGCAUCAACACCACGGCCCCCUCUGCCUACAUGAAUGAUGCACAGGUGCGCAAGGCGCUGCACAUUGCGGGGAGUGCCCCGGAGUGGCAGAUGUGCAGCUUUGCUGUCAGCCGGGGCUACAAGCGGCUGUACACCAAGAUGAACGACCAGUACAUGAAGCUGCUCAGCACCAUGAAAUACCGCAUCUUGGUGUACAACGGUGACGUGGACAUGGCCUGCAACUUCCUGGGGGACGAGUGGUUUGUGGACUCCCUGCAACAGAAGGUAGCGGUGGCUCGGCGGCCCUGGAUCUUCACGGACGAGAGCGGGCAGGACCAGAUCGGGGGCUUUGUGAAGGAGUUCACCAACAUUGCCUUCCUCACGAUCAAGGGCGCAGGUCACAUGGUGCCCGCCGACCGGCCCCGCGCGGCCUACAACAUGUUUGAGCGCUUCAUCACCAAGCAGCCCUUCUAGCCCUGGGCCUGUCACACGGCCUGCCUGCCUGCCUGCCUGCCUUCUGCCCGAGGAGGCCUGCUUUCUCCCUGGGCAGCGGGUGCCGCCUCCCGCUGGGCCGUGGCUGCCGGUAGGGACUCCUGCUGUGGCACCACUUCCCCCGCUGCUGCCGGGGGGGCAGCGCCCCUCUCCACCCUGCGGCCGUCCUGGUGUCCACGCUGCUCCGAUGACUGGGUGGGGGGCAGGUGCCUGCACAGGGGCUCCGUUCUUCAGGCAAGCCGGCCGGCCUCCCCCAGGCCCUGUCUGCACGUUUGCACUGUCUUUGGGGGGAGAGCGCGCCUCUCCUCUUCCCCCGACCCCUCAAGGAACCAUUCCUCAGCCUUCGUUCUCAGCCAGUCUCGAGGAAGGAACCCGACUGAAGCCGCUCCUGCCGUGGGCUGCAUCCUCAAAUCAGUGGCCCGGGCAAGCUAUUAAAACUAUUUUUCUAAUGGAA